AUGGAUGAAAAUAUUGUCUUACGGGAAAUAGAAAAAAGAGGUUAUAAUCACGUACAGUUUUUUAAGCACUAUUUUGGUGCUUCCAUAAAUGAAAGGGAAGGAAAUAUCGGAGGAGAUGAAGUGGGUGUAGUGGGUGAAAUGGGGGCAGUGCCCGAAGUGGACGGACUGACCGACGUAACCGAAGAGGGCAAAGAGUUUACGGGUCUGAAAUAUGACGAAGGGGAAAUACUGGAGAGAGUCCAAAUAUUGAAGAAACAAAUUGAAGUUGAAAAAAAUUACUUAAAUAAUAAAAUUAACGAAGAAGCAGAAAAUUAUAAGGAAAAGGUCUAUCAUAUGAAAAGCCAUUUAGAUGAAAUCAAUUUUGAAUUAUUUAAUAUUGAUAUUAUUAAUAGAAUGAAUCAAAAAAAGGCUAGUAACAAGAGAGGGAGUAAUGACGGGAAAGAGAAAAAGCAAACCCAUUUGCUGCAAUGGGGAAGUGGGAAGAUGGGAAAUUUUACGGAGAACCAGGGCGCAGAUGUACGCAGAAAUAUAAGAGACAAUUUAGAGGGCAAUCUAAGCAGUCGUUUAAGCGGUAACUUAGGCUGCAUUUCAUGCGGCAGUUCCGAUCGAAGCGAUGAAGUGGGUAACUAUGAGGAGGAGGAGGAGGAGGAGGAGGGUGACUGCUUUCUAAUGGGAGAAAAUAAGAGCAACUUAAAAUUCGAAAAUUUGCUGAAGAAAAGUAUUGAGACUAAAACAUUUCUAGAAGAGGUAAAAAAGGGACUACUAUUUUUGAAGGCUCUUCCGGCACUAAAAAAAGACAUGAGUGUAUUAUUUGUUACAGGAAAGAGCAUAAAACAAGAAGUGGAAGAUAAAAUAAAAAACGUAUUAACGUUAUAUAGUAACUUAAAAUAUAUUAAUGAGCAUGAUGAGAUAGUAUCCUAUUUUAGAGAACACGCUUCGGUUGAUAUAUCCGUUUAUACUAAAAAUUUUUUUGACAAUUUUUUUACCCUAUUAAAUGAUAUUUUGUCUUCCUACAUAAUAGAUAAUACAAGCAUUGAUAUGAUGAAUAUAUUGAAAAUAUAUAUAGAUGUAUAUAAAACAUUUUUGAAAUUUACAAAUGUACAUAAUACAUAUACGAAUGAAUAUUUAAUUAACCAUAUAGGGAAAAAGAUAAUCGAAUUUUUGAUAUCUAAUUUUACAAAAACAUUUUUUAAGUUUGCUCAGACGGAUAGCGACCAUUUUAUGUACAACAGCAUUAUUAAUUAUUAUGAAUACUUUACAGCCUUUAUAGAGGAAAAAAAAGAACCAAUGGAAAAAAUAGUUCAUCAAAUAGUUCUCAUAGUUGGUGAUGAAAAUGAAAUGAGAAGAAACCACCACCAUAACGAUAGGACCUAUUCAUCUGAAUGUAUGCAUUCUUCUACGAACAAAAAUGAAGAGAACAAAGACAAAGCUGAAGUCCCAAUAGUAGCUACAGAUUUAACUAUGAUAUUUGGCAAAGAGGAGUACAAUGACAAUAUGCCUGAUAGACAUGUAAAUGUUAAUGAAAAGGAUGAGAAACCAAUAUAUGAAGAAAAAGAGGGUGAAAUUAGUAGUAGGAAAAAUAAGGAAGAGCAUAAAAAUGCAUCAUAUGUAGAAAACUACCAUGUACAUUUAUUUAAAGAAAGCAUUAACGUUGUUUGUAUUUUUAUGCAAAAUUGGAAUUUUCUGAAGAGCCCAGAAAUGUCUAAUGAAAACGAUAAAACGUUGACAAAUAAUAUAAGGAAAAGUUUUUUAUAUAAAAUUAUGGAUUCAUUAAACUCAAGUAUAACCAUUUUAUCUAAUUGUUCUCUUUUUAUAUCUAAAAAGAAUAUAUUUCAAAAAAUAUUAAAAGAGUCUACAUUUAUAAACAAAGAAAUAGUAAAUGAAUACUUAAUUAACAUUACGGAUGUGUCUCAUUUCGAUAUGGUAUGCUUUGACAAUAUUAUUCUAAAGGUAAGCAUAUUCGAUCGAAAUAAUUUAAUAGAAAAAAGUAAAUUGUUUCAUUUUUUUACCGAUUUAAAGAAAGAUAUUAUAAAUAUUAUACACAAAAAACGCCUUGAAAUAAAUAAUAAGAAUAUAUUUAAUUCACACUUUUUUCGUUUCGUCAUUUUUUUUUCAUUCAUUUAUCAUCACGAUACACAAUUUCUGCUGAUUUUUAUAAACAUAUACAAUUUUUUAUAUGAAAUUAUUUAUAACAUAAAGGAAGAAAUAAAAAGAAAAAAAGAAGAAAGUGAAAUAAAAAAGAUACAUCAAGCUUAUAUUGAUGAGUCUCUACAACUUAAACAAGAAUUUACAACGUCUAAUGAAGUAAUCGAUUAUAUUAAGACAAUAAUUUCGACAUUCAUUAGUGUUUUAAACUUAUUUAAUGAUAUCAUAGAAGAGUACGAAAAAUUUGGUGCCUUCAUAUUUGAAAGGACUUAUUACCACCUUAAAAGUAACACUACUGCAAAUAUAUUGUCUAAAAUUUAUCUACAAAGGGAGAAGGGGUACCCAUCAUCAAUAGACGGGAAUCUUGCCCACAUACACACCUAUUUUUACAGUGAUGACCUUCACCGGAGAGUGGGGCGCGUUAGGAGUAUCAGCAAUAUUAGCAGGGGUGGGAAAAGAGCCGCGAGUGGUGCAAAUGGUGAAAAUGAUGGAACUGAUGUACAUAACGCCCAAUGCGCACAUGUUCCCAGUGAUGAACGUAACUUAACAAAUGGAAUGAGUGCUUCGCUGGAAAACAUGAAGGGUGAGCAAAAUUGCGCUAGAAAUUUCCUGACUUUGCAAGGUGAAAUUCACAAAGGGGAAUACGUAAAUAGUGCAGACAACGUAGAUGAUGCAAAAAAUAAGUCAAGUGACGAACUUGCAUUUUCCUCUAGAACAGACGCACAUGCAAGUGUAGGAAGUAAAAGAGAUGCAUCGGGUGUUCUCGUUCAUUCAGAGGAUAUACAAUUCGAUGAAUGCGGGAAACAUGUCUUAAAAUCAUCAUUAAGCAAAUUAAAUGAAAUAAAAAAUACAAUAUUGAAAAAUGUAAUUUAUUUUUCCCUAAUUCCGUUAAAUGAGUACUUAAAUAAAUACGUAUCCAAAAUUACUUGUAUCAAAAUGAAUCAACAGAUAGAUAACUUUGAUCCUCAUGAAAAUAUUUGUUUAAUAAUAGAAACAGUUUUUUCAUAUAUUGAAAUAUUUUAUGGAAAUAAGGGAGGAGAACAUAUGUUACAACAGUUGUUCUUACAUUUGUCUGAAAAAUUUACUUUUCAUAUUAAUAAUAUUAAUAGUACAACCAAUUUAAACAGAAACAUCAUUUUGCAAAUUCAAGCGGAUGUUAACUAUUUUAUCAAUGUAUGCAAAAGAUUUAAUAUAAAAAAUUAUAAACAGUUUUUUUUGCUAUAUCAUUCUAUUUCCUUUAGCCUCAAUUUCAAAAAGGAGAACAGUGAAAGUCUGGACAUCCAAUCCUCUUUUCAGUCUUAUAUAAAUGACCAUAUUAAAAAAGAAGGACAACUAAACUUUAACAUAACAGCUGAUGAUAUUGUAAAAACAGCUCUUUAUAUCAGCAAUUCUUUGAUCAUCUGA